AUGUCGUCGAUAGCAUUCCCAAUGGAACCGUCGGGCUCGGCGUCGGGCUCGUCGCGCGAUGACCAGCUGUUUGCCUCACAUUUUGGUACCUCUUCGUCGUUUCAGAUGAAUCCAUUGUCGUCCCACCCACCGCGUUCGCCGCACGUUUCACUAAUAUCCUCUGCAUCAUCGCGUCCCCAGCACACGAACUUUACGGGUGACAUAUACUCGGAUGGACUGGACCCGGUCGCAGUAGAGGCUGCUAGCUCGAGUGUCGAAGACAUGGACCCAGAAGAAGAGCGCGUGAAGGGCGCCGAGGAUAAUGUCAAAGUCGCAGAGAUUUGGCGAGAGAUGAUUCUGACAAGUAAUGGAAGAGAUAAAUCAUUUAAACUGAUACAAUACUCGAUUCGGCUUUACUUGUUCUUCCAUACCGGGAUCACGACCAGCAGAUUUCUGUCGUCGCGUGUCCGCCCUCCAUGGGAAGCACCACUCGUGACGCGUCUCGACAAAGCUGCUUCUCACUUCUCAUUCACUCGAAAAUUACUUCUUUUAUUCAAUUGGCUGAGUCCCCUCACGGCCAUAAUGUCCCAACAAACGGCGUCCCUCUCCGAUGUGAACGACAGCAAAAAGGUUGCACCGAAGCCAUUCUUGCAAGCAGCGCUUGAAGCGCCGCCGCCCGUGAUUCUUGAGCUAGUUAAUGCAGUUUCGGAUGAUGUUGCUACCCUCUCGCGGCUUGGCCUGCUUGGACGGAAGCUAGGUGAACGCGCCGGAAGGUUCUCUGACUGGUGUUGGUUCCUCUCUACGCUGGUAGGCCUAGUGGAGAAUAGUCUCGAGCGUCAAGUAGUCGUGAAUCUCCAACGAGAAGUCGAAUCUCGGCUCUACGACGAGUCCAUGUCAGGUGCAACCGCGAAAUCUCGACCAACCGUUUCCAAAAUAGACGAUAAACAACUAUCCCGACUUCGCAACAAAGAUUAUUGGCUCCAGAUAUCUCGGGCCAAGUUAGUGAUGGAUCUUAUAUUUGUUUCCUACGAACUCUUCAAGAUCAGGCGUGGAAGGGAGCCGAUCAAGGUCUUUACUGGUUUCGCUGCUGCAAUCCUGAGCUCUGCGAAAUUGUAUAAUCGACAUAAGACAACGUUGGUUAAGAACAUGCUAGCGGGUUAA